AAUGAAUACGUACAAAUGUAUUGCAGCCCCUAAAAUGCCCCAAGUAAAUGGAUCCCAUUAUUGAACCUCGUGUUGGCUUUCUGAUCCACACCCACCUAGUUCGUCGAUAAACUUGCCGCUAGCCAUUAAAACCCCCACCAAACCAGUCCCCCACAAAUACCAACGAAAUUCAUUUCUUCAGCUCCCACCAUUAUAUUGCAAUUGUCAGGAGCCCAUUCCAUCCAAUCUCUAGCUAGUGGCCGGUACCCUGAGUCAAACAACUGAGGCACAGAGUACUCAUGAGAAUGGCAUACAUAUACAUUCCAUGGCUCUUGGUAGCCCAGUUUCUGCUGCUAGUCCCUUUAACUACAAGUAAAGUUCCGGCCAUCAUAGUGUUUGGAGACUCAACCGUGGAUGCAGGAAACAACAACGUCAUUCCGACUCUUCUCAAGAGCAACUUCAAGCCUUAUGGACGUGAUUUUCCUGGCGGCCGCCCCACGGGACGGUUCUCCGAUGGCCGUGUUCCUCCCGACUUUAUUUCUGAGGCUUUUGGGCUCAAACCAUUAGUACCCGCCUACUUGGAUCCUGCCUACACUAUAGCAGAUUUUGCCACUGGAGUUUGCUUUGCUUCUGCUGGAACAGGCUAUGACAAUGCAACUUCUGAUGUAUUAAAUGUGAUACCAAUGUGGAAGGAAUUGGAAUACUACAAGGAUUACCAAAACAAAUUGAGAGCUUAUCUUGGCAAAGAAAAGGCUAAUGAAAUUUUUAGCGAGGCCUUAUAUUUGAUGAGCUUAGGAACAAACGAUUUCCUAGAGAACUACUACAUAUUCCCAACUCGGCAGUCUCAAUUCACCAUCAAACAGUAUCAGGAUUUUCUCGUUGGCCUUUCUGAGAAAUUCAUUAGGGACCUGUAUGGUCUUGGAGGUCGGAAACUAUCCCUUACUGGGGUUCCUCCAAUGGGGUGUUUGCCACUGGAGAGACUCACAAAUUUUCUGGAAGAUCAUGACUGCAAUGAGGAAUACAACAAUGUGGCUUUGGAAUUUAAUGGGAAGUUGAACAAUAUGGUGAGAAGGCUGAAUAAGGAGCUUCGUGGGCUCAAAAUUGUGUUUGCCGAUGCAUAUCACAUUGUCUAUCAAAUGAUUAGAAGACCUUCUUUAUACGGAUUUGAGGAAGUAGGAAUGGCAUGUUGUUCGACGGGGACGUUCGAGAUGAGUUACCUGUGCAGCGACAGCAGUCCACUUACAUGCACGGAUGCGACUAAGUAUGUAUUUUGGGAUGCCUUCCACCCUACAGAGAAAACAAAUCGCAUAGUCGUCGAUCAUUUAUUACACAGUCUUCGAGGAAAGUUUCGUUGAUCGAUCGAUCGAUCCAUUAAUUAAUCAAAACUAAUUAAUAAAUAAAUCUAUCAUCAAUUUCUUCUGGAUUUUUAUGAUAUAUAUACAUAUAUAUAUAUAUAUUUAUCAGAGGAUUUAUUCAGCUCUAGCUGAUCAAAGAGAGCAUUAGGGGUUGGAAACCCACUAAUGCAUGUACUAUUUAAUUUUAUGUUGCAUAUAUAUAUCUUUGUGUUUUGAUAAUUAAAUUUACUUAUGAAAAAACAAGGUUAUAAAUUAAGUUGAAUUUUGUCAACUCGAUCAACAUUUAUCAUA